UGCACAAUGCGUGGUCGGUCUUCAGCAUCAGUCGUCGUUGAACCCUCGUCUCGCGAGCAUCUACGACCGUCCCGUGAAUCGAAAGCGUGAACACAUCAGACGAAAUGACUACAAUUACGAGGCUGUCGAUCAUAAAAUUUCUUGAGCUUCUCUUGGUGUGCAUCCUUAUCGGAUUGCACUACAAUUCCUUCAAUGGGGGAGAUCAACCUACCGCGAUGAUAACCAUGGGAACCUUUGGGGGCUAUCUGAUUAUUCUGGUCGGCUUGUUUAUCGGCAGCGUGAUGGGGACGCCAGUGAACCGUCGCGUGGAUCUUUUCUUCUCCCUCAUUGGAUGUGCUUUGUUCAUCGCUGCGGGUGCACUUAAUAUCGACUAUUUCUCGAAGAUAUCAUACAAGUCGACAUUUCGCGAUACUGGCUUGGCUAAAGGCUCUCUCAGUAUUAUUGAGGGUGCCGUUUUCCUUGUGGACGCGUUCCUCACUUUUCGGGGGGAGAACUGAGAUUUGAGUCGCUUUUAAGUUACAACGAGGGACUGCGCGGCCGGUAAUCGGUGUUAAUCACAUUCCGCGAUCGGCGGAAAUCUUUUCUAAUCUGUAAGAGAUUGGAUACUGCCAAAGAGUUUCCCGAAAGAAACUUUCUUUUCAGCGGGGUACCCAAGUGUAGCCGAACGCGCAUCAUACGCGCGGCGUCGCGAAGUUCCGCCGAUUUCUCUGAAUUAUGCGAAGCACGAGUUACGAAGCUUCGCAAUUCACUUGUGCCAUUUGUCUUGCACUUCGCACGAAGUGUCCGUUUCAUCGGGAUUAAUCCACCUUUCUUUCACUUAACUUGUCAUUUUGGUGUAAAAUCUUCACAAAUUUAAUAAAGAUAAAAUAUUCCCUAGACUUUCUCUUACUAAUAAAGAAAAAUUUCUGGAUUAUUUAAAUGGUCAUGCUUUUGAAUAUAAAUGCGACUUCGCGAUGAUAUUUAACCGAUGAUAGUACAAAACGUGCAGGGAUCAUGACAAUGAUACAUUCUUGCAUAUUAUACAGCCUUGGCUGUAAGUAUAAAGCAUCUUCAAUUUGUUCCUUCAAAAAAUGAUGGUAUUAAAUGCCAAUAAGGAAGACUAAUGAGAUAUUAAAAUUAUUUAAAAAAUAAAUAUUAUUUUUUAAUAAAAAUAUUUUUUAAUUUGUUUUUUAUUAAAAUGUCAAUUUUGGAAGUGCUUUAUAUUUAAUCGAACAUAUACAUUAUAUAUAUUAUAUAUUAAUAUUAAUAAGCGGCAGUCCCUUUGUAGAAGCAAGGCCAGUUGGUAUUAUAAUCAUUAUAUACUCGUACUGAUAUCACAUUUGUAAGUUUAAGUCAUGUUUGAGAUUUGACAAGUAGCGAUAAUAAGAAAAAUAAGGAACGAUAUCAUCAUGACAUAUUUUUAUAUACAUAAAUUAUACAACAUCAUUUGAUUGUAUCUUGAUGCUGAAUAAAUUAGUUAUGUCCGCCAUCCUUUCAUGAGUAUUCGCAAAAUAUUUAUCUUUUAUUUGUAUGUUUUUACACUAUGACUUUAACAAUAAAGAAAAACUGAUGAA